AUGGCGGCGAAGGAAACUCCCUUCAAGAGCUUCGGAAUCGCUUGGGAAGAACCUUCUAGAUCCAACAAUAUUUAUUAUUAUCUCAAUCCUAUCUUCAUCAAUUCUCGUGUCUUGGGUUGUUUUCCCUUCGAUUCCAAAAUGGCAACUUCAUAUGUGAGAAUAAUUGUAACCGCUCUCUUAAUGUGCAUUAUGGCAUCCACUGGAGCGAUCUACGCCUAUAGCUCGUUCGGCAUACCUUACUCUACCACGGCCAACGCGAUAGUCUACAUGAGCAUCGUAGUACUUGCCAUAUUCUCGACGCUGUUGGUCGUCUUCUUCACUAUUUUGCAACAGAAGACUUUGAUAACAGCUCUCGAUAGGAUUCGUGCCAUCGACGCGAAACUCUUGACGAUAGGAGUGAUUGUACAAGUACGAUAG